AUUCUUGAGGAAUUUAUUAUUAACAAAAAAUACAGUAAUACUAAUUGAAAGGGAAUGGCUGUUAGUGUUGGUGGACCCAUACUCCUAAUAGAUCCGUCGCAGAACUAUAGACCCGACUACAAAGAUGUCGAGGAAUACCGGAUCCAUAGUAACAAUCAGGACGACGAGAUGCAGAAAAUGAUUUACGAAACCUAUCGGCAAAUGCAUAGCAAACAGUCGGUGGACUUCGUGAGGGACCGGAUGUCUCAUUGGACUCAAUUCAAUACCAUAGAGUUGCCAAUCAUGGAAGCCUUGGAUAAGCUGAACAACUUUGUGGACGAAAGUGAUCCGGAUACAAGUCUACCCAAUUUGGUGCACGCAUUUCAGACGGCGGAAGACAUACGCAAAGCGCACCCGGAUUUGGAUUGGUUUCACUUGACGGGUCUGAUCCACGACUUGGGAAAAGUUAUGGCCAUUUAUGGUGAGCCCCAGUGGGCAGUGGUGGGCGACACCUUUCCCGUCGGGUGCGCCUACGGAGACAGUAAUGUCUAUAAGAAGUUGUUUGAUGAGAAUCCCGACGCAAAGAAUCACAAAUAUAAUACUAAAUACGGAAUGUAUGCCAAGAAUUGUGGCUUAGAUCAGGUGCUCAUGAGUUGGGGUCACGACGAGUACAUGUAUCGGAAUCCCGACGCAAAGAAUCCCAAAUAUAAUACUAAAUACGGAAUGUAUGCCAAGAAUUGUGGCUUAGAUCAGGUGCUCAUGAGUUGGGGUCACGACGAGUACAUGUAUCGGGUGCUCAAGAAUCACAAGACUUGUACCCUUCCAGAGGAGGCCCUCUAUAUGAUCCGUUUCCACUCGGAGGNGGAGGCCCUCUAUAUGAUCCGUUUCCACUCGUUUUAUCCGUGGCAUAAGGGAGGGGACUAUUACCACCUCUGCUCUCAUAAGGACCUCAAAAUGUUGGACUGGAUUCGGGAGUUCAAUAAAUUUGAUCUCUACUCCAAGAGCCCAGAAUUGCCCGAUAUUAAGACCUUGAUACCUUAUUAUCAGUCACUCAUUGAUAAAUAUAUACCAGGCAUAUUCAAUAAAUUUGAUCUCUACUCCAAGAGCCCGGAAUUGCCUGAUAUUAAGACCUUGAUACCUUAUUAUCAGUCACUCAUUGAUAAAUAUAUACCAGGCAUAGUUAAGUUUUAA